GCAUCUGACCUCUUUUCCAGCGUAAGCUGGUUGGUGGUCAAACAGCGUCUAAGUUGGUAAAGCCAUUAAAUAUGAAGCAAAUUCUCAAUGAGUAUACGAUGUCAGAAUGUCUGAAUCUACAAGCGAAACCGUUUGAAAUACCACCGAGUUUUUCCGUCACGAACGCGGAGCGCAAUUGCUAGGUUUGCUAAAAAGGUGCUACUGCGAUGCGGCAGUUGUCAGGGGGAUAUCGGAGAGGAGGGGGUGUGAUUGGCUGAAGUGGCCCUGUUGCCUUGGCGACGGUAGGGGGGGUACGGAAGCGUUGCCGUGCGGCGUGGAUGGAGGAAGCAGCUGCUGAUCUUUUGACACAGCGCGAGCGAAAGGCUACCGCAUGAAAGCACGGGAGCUUUGUCGUCGGACGCGAUAGUAGAAUGCACGAAUACCCUCCUGGUUUGAUGGGUCCGAUAAUCGGGAUGUCUCCAGAUAAGAAAGCCGAAUCUCCCGGAGCGCAGGGCGUGUGUGGAGCUGGGACUCUACCUGAAGCAGAGAGUGCUUCCAGUCCCAUGGCUACCAGUCUGGAACAGAUUGGUCGGGCUGGAGCAUUGAGUGUGGUGGCGGGUGAGUCUGAAGAUGAUGAACUAACCAACCUGAACUGGCUUCAUGAGAACCUGCUGCAGAACUUCACGCUCGGAGGCGAAGCGCAACCCAUCAACAGCCCGCUGUUUGACAUCGAGGGAGGCGGUGGGUCGCCACACAGCAACACCGCCUCGUCCACCUCCUCUAUCUCUGCAGGAAGCGAGAGAGAUCCUUACAAGUCAAAGCCUCCAUUCUCUUUCUCCUUACUGAUAUACAUGGCUAUCGAACAGUCGCCCAGCAAAUCUCUCCCAGUGAAGGACAUCUACAGCUGGAUCCUCAAACAUUUUCCAUAUUUCUCCAGCGCCCCUACUGGCUGGAAGAACUCAGUGCGCCACAACCUGUCCCUCAACAAGUGCUUCCGCAAAGUAGAGCGAAGCAUAGGAAAGACCAAUGGGAAAGGCUCUCUGUGGUGCGUUCACCCCGAGUUCCGGCCCAUGCUGAUGCAAGCCCUGAAGAAACAGCACUUCCCGAAUGCACAUGCCUUCUGCACUCCUCCUGCCUCCCCUCCUAGUGCCUCGUCUCCUCCUCAUCACCUUUUCACAUCAGAGCAGGGCUGUGCCCUAAAAGAAUGUGAUUUUGAUGCUGCCACUGCCAUGAUGCUGUUAAAGUCUGCCUCUGAGCAGAACAUUGACUCUUACCUAGAUGAUCAAGAAGGACCCAUAGAUCUCUCCCGAAGGGACUUGGUGGUUGUGAGUCGGGAUCCAAAGCAGGAUCACAACUACAGCAGCACCCCUGUCCCGCCCUGCCCUCGCCAGAUGCCUCCUUCACAGCCGGUCAGCUUCAGUCUGGCUCUACACCAUGAUCAGGAGAGAGGAGGCCGGGCCCGAUGGCCACGCAGCCCGCUACAGGGUCCGCUUUUCGGAAAAAGGAGCAGAAGAGAUUCUCGUACAGAUGUGGAUGAGGAGCUCAAAGAGGCGGCCGGCUCACUCCUACACCUGGCCGGUAUUCGCACCAGUUUAGUUGCCUCAAGACGCAAGAGCAGGAAAAUCAGUAGGAAAUGAACCCGAUUCUGAAACUCCAUCCUGUGGCCUGCCCAGCCUCUCUCUUCUGGUUUGGUGUAUCUUCCUUCUUGUUUGUAAUUGUUGGGGUGUUUUCUUUCUUUUAGUCCGGUCCACUCAUCAAACAUGGCAAUACAAACACAGGAGAGAAAAGCCAUACUGACAUAUUUUAUGUACAGAAAAAGAAACCAAUUUGAAUGAACAGCCCACAUCAUUUGAGUUUAACGGUAUGAGAGUUUGAAGAUGUUAAUUGCUUUAAAAA